GAUGCCACUUAUCUCUCGCACACUCCACAGGCACCUAACCACACCGUCUAAACCAAGGGCAAGUCACUCGUGGACCUCACCGGGCUUGUGGAAGAGGUAUUGAAGCCCUUCAAUUGAGUUUGCAGUGAUCGACCUUUUUUUUUCUUUUUCUUUUUUUUCUUUAUGUUUUGGAGCGUUCGUUUGAGUAGAGGACACUGACUUCCUCAUCCACUGCAAACUGCCCACCUGAUUGGGAUGAGACAAGAAUGGAUCGAGUCACGAAAGGCACCGAGUCCCUGAAGCUGGACGACUCAAGCACAAAUGGAUCAGCCCCUCCAGACAUUGCGGCCAUGCUACCAGAGCUGCCGCCUGGCCGCACCCUCAACGCGCGCAUGACCUUCGAGGAGACACUGGCCGACCUCAACAAGCACCCACUUUUCAUGACAGAGCUCGACACUUCCGAGGACAACGAGGAACUGGCAGCUCUGCAGGCUCUCGCUUACGACGGCACCCCCCUCGAGAACGCAGCCAACUUCAAGGAGCAAGGGAACGAGUGCUUCCGGGAGAAGCGCUGGCCGGAUGCGAAGGAGUUCUACGGCAAGGGCAUUGCGAUCUUGGCCGCGGAGGAGUCGAGGAGGGCGAAGGGUGAAAAGAAGCGGGUGAAGAAGGCCGCAGAGCCGGUGACGAUCAAUUCGGAAGCCGAUAACUCGCCCAACGUCGACCUGGAGGAAGACCCCAGGCCCAAAGAAGAGGACUUUGAAGAGGUCGCCGAGGACCCGGCCGAGGUCAAAUCCGAACAGGCCUUGCUAGAGACCCUCUACAUCAACCGCGCAGCCUGCCACCUCGAGCUGCGCAACUACCGCUCCUGCACCCUCGAUUGUGCGUCCGCCCUCCGCCUCAACCCGCGCAACAUUAAGGCUUUCUAUCGCUCCGCGCGGGCCUUACUAGCCGUCAACAAGAUUGCCGAAGCCGACGACGCCUGCGCGCGGGGGCUGGAGAUUGACCCGUCCAACAAGCCCCUGCUGGCCCUGGCACAGGACAUCAUCAAAGCGAGCGAAGCCGACGCGGCCCGGCGCAAGAUCGAGAAAGAGCGGCAGGAAAAAGAGCGGCGCCGGGAGACGCUGCUCAAGGCGGCGCUGCAGGCCAGGGGCAUCCGCACGCGCAGCACAGGCCGGCCGCCGGAUAUGGAGGACGCCAAAGUCAAGCUGUCGCCGGAUGAGCUAGACCCGGCGAGCGCCCUGGUGUUCCCCACGCUGCUACUGUACCCUUGUCAUCUGGAGAGCGACUUCAUCAAGGCGUUCAGUGAGCGCGAGAGUCUGGACCAGCACUUUGGGUAUGUCUUCCCGCUGCCCUGGGAUCGGACCGGGGAGUACAGUCCUGCGGGCGUUGAGUGUUAUGUGGAAACUGUUAGUGGGGGGUUGGUAAAGGUGGGGAGGAAGGUGCCGCUCUUGAAGGUGUUGAGCGGCGGGAAUGUGGAGGUCGUGGACGAUCUGUUGAAGAUAUUUGUUGUGCCGAAGUCGAGGGCGGAGGGCUGGGUGAAAGAGUGGAAGGAGAAGAAAGCGAACGGGGAAAAAUAAGGGCAACGGGAGAGUGGAUUGAUACCCAGGUAACUGGUAAGAUGAUGAGAGGAUGGGAGCUCUUGGCAAAAUGAAGUUGUUUGCACAUCAAAACACUGAGCAAGAGUAGGUGUAGCGCCAGGGACGUCCCAGCGACGACUGGCAGAUCUGAAAACAAGACUAUGACAAUGUCAUCACGGACAAAAAGUACC